AUGGGUGAAACGGACGAGAAGGAAACAACGCCAGCGGCCGGUGCGACCGAAGCAACCGAGCAGGGUCAGAAACCGGCAACACCGCAACCGGCCGGCGACGGACCGGAGCCGGAGGCGAAGGAAACGGAGAAGCUGCUCGGGGAGAGCGGUGGUGGUGACAAGCCUGGCAAGGAGCAACAGCAGCAGGACCAGCAGCGCAAGAAGAGCACCGAAAACGUGGCCAACGGGGAGGAAAUCGUGAAGCUGCCGGAGGAAGCCGGCUUGGUCGACAAAAAGUCCGAUGGCCAGGCGGCGGAGCAGCCGGGUAAAGAGCAGCAGCCGCCGGCGGCCGGUGACACGAAACCGAACAAGGUGCAGGCCGAGGAGCGGGAAGUGAAACCGAAAAAGGUUCCGGCCGGAGCGUUCAAGUUGCCCGGGUUCUUCAACAAGAACAAGGAGAAAACGAAGGAAGCGGACGGAGCGGACAACGAGCUGCUGGAGAAGGGCGAAAAUGGGGAGCAGGCCAAGGACGCGAAGGUGCCGGCGGACGGUGGUGAGGCAAAGGAGGAGAAACCGAAGCGUACGGCCGGUGGGUUCUUCGCCAACCUGAAGCUACGCAAUCCGUUCGCCAAGAAAUCGGCGGCGGCGGCGGCGGCUGCGGAGGAUGUGGAGGCCGGUGCAAAGGCAGCCGAGGCGGCGGCGGAAGAGGAGGAGAAGGACGAAGUGACGGCCGAAGCGACGGACAAACCGAACGACGGGGGUGGCGAUGCGCCCGGAGAGGACACCAAAAAGGGCGAGUCGGCCGCUGACGAGACGGACGGUAGCCAGGCACCGAAGAAGGGUCUGCUGGACGCGCUGCGGGUCCCACUGGCCAGUAUCAUCCCGAAGCGGUUCAAACCGGUGGCGAGCGGGGAACCGGACGACGAUAUCGAGCUGGGGAAGACUCCGAAGAACCGGGCCGGGUUGGCGUCGAUGGAAACGCUGGACGAUUCGCUGAAGGACACCGAGACGAAGGAUGGAGUCGAUGGCAAGACGGGCGUCAACGGCACCGAUGGUGAGGCGCUGGUAAAGCCGGAGGACAAGGAAGCGAAGGAUAAGGCGGCCGAAGCGGAAGAGGACGCCCAGGAGCGCAGUCUGUUGCAGCGAGUUCAGGCGUACCGGUGUUCAGUCGAUGACAUUGCCAUCGUUGCCGGUAUCCUGAUCUUCCUGGUGCUCGUGGCACUGAUCAUCGCCUUCACGUUCGUCGGUAAAAGCGAACCCGUUACGGCACCGGUUCGCGAUGGCAAGUACAUCGAAACGGUCACCAACUGUGGGCGCGUCGAGGGCGUGCUCGAGGACGGUUCGUUCGCGUUCCGUGGCAUACCCUACGCGGUUCCACCGGUCGGGGAGAACCGCUGGAAACCGGCGCAACCAAUCGAGAGCAUCGAGCACUGCUGGAACGGUACGCUGAAGGCCCACAACUCGACCCCGGUCUGCUGGCAGUUUUACGCCGACGGCAAGGUGGACGGUGCCGAGGAUUGCCUCACGCUCGACGUCAUCACACCGCACGUGCGCUACGACAACCCGCUGCCAGUGGUGGUGCUGGUCGGGGCCGAAUCCUUCACCGGGGACUCGCCCGGUAAACUGCGGCCAUCGACACGCUACGCCCGUGCCCGUGACGUUAUCUUUGUGCGCCCCAACUUCCGGCUGAACGUGUUCGGAUUCCUUGCCGUGGAGCAGCUAACGAAGCGAGCCCAUCCGCCGACGUCCGGCAACUACGGGCUAACGGAUUUGAUGGUCGCGCUCAAGUGGAUCCAGCUGAACAUCCCGCACUUCGGGGGCGAUCCCAAGUCGGUCACCCUGUUUGGACACCGUGCCGGUGGCACGCUAGUGACGGCCCUCGCGUCGUCGAACAAAACUACCAAACUGUUCGCCCGGACCUGGGUCUCAUCGGGAGCCUCCAUAUUCCCUGGCAAACCGCUGGCCGACUCGGAGAAGGAGAAUGCACUGUACGCGAGCAAAGUGCGCUGCACGGACGCGACGUGCCUGCUGGACAAGGAGGACGAAGAGAUUUUGGAUGCGGUGCCCGACGUGUGGCGUCGCACGUUCCCCGAUCUGCCGGCGAUCGGUGAGCUGAAUGGUACCAGCAACGGUGGUGGUCACGAGUGGCUCGUACUGGACGGUAACAUCCUGCAGCAACACCCGGCCGAUGUUUGGAGCACGGACGUGUCGACCCACGUACGGUCCGUGUUCGGUUCCACCACCCACGAGGCCCACAAUGGUAAGCUGCACAACAAGUACACCGAGUGGACGCCGGAACUGGUGACGGCACACGUGAACGAGAGUGUGAUCGGGCAGCUUGGGCUGACGGAGGAGGCGCUUCGGCGGUACAACGCCACCUACCAGGGCCUGGUGGCCAUGAUUUCGGACAUCCGCACGAUCUGCCCCCUGCUGACGGUCACGCAGCAGCUGACCAGCUCUCAGUUCUACGUGGUGUCGCAGACGGGCGGUGCGCUCGGCAUGGCCGACGUCGACUCCGACAUUCAGGCCAUCCUCGGGCGGUACGAACCGAAGACGCCGGAACAGCGCCGGUACGUGUCCGCCAUCCAGCAGCUGUUCUAUCACUACGUGUCGCACGGUGAAAUCAAGCACGAGCUGCGAAAAAAGCUGCUCGAUAUCGGCCAGGACGCACUGCCGACGUACAACAGCGACAACUGCCUGUUUUGGAUCAAGAACGACGUCGUGCCGCGGUACGCACGGUUAGACUAA